AUGCAACAGCCUGAAGUAGAGGGCUCUGGACGUCUUCCUUCUGCUCAAGCUCUCCCGGAGGACCUCACGGCUAUUUCUGGCUGCAGGAAAAUGUACUGGGGAAAUCAUGUUAGAAUUCUUUUCACUGUGACUCUGGUCUGGCAGGCUGUUCAUUUAGAAAAAAGCCCUGAAAAAGAAGAACAGAAAGGAGUUGUGAAAGGUCUCAAUGCUACAGCCCAAAAGCAGCAGCCCAAGAACGAAGGGACCUUUACAAAUGCGCUCAGUGAUAUGAAUCAGAGUUACGAAAGUAAAAGGCAACAGAGUUCCAGGUCUUUAGUACCUUUCACUGGAAUUACAGAGAGUAAAAAACUGAACAGACGCUGCUGCCAGAAUGGAGGGACUUGUAUCCUGGGGACCUUCUGUGCCUGCCUGAAGUACUUCACCGGCAGACACUGUGAAUAUGAUGAGCGGCUAGGAAACUGCGGCAGCAUUCCCCACGGCAUCUGGGUGCUGAAGGACUGCUGGCUUUGUCGGUGUGCCUAUGGUACACUGCACUGUCUCUCAGAAAUAAGGCAGAGUAACUGCGAACUGACAUCGGAAACAGAGGAAAUUAUCAGGCUGUAUUCUAAUGGUUUAAGAUUACAGCAAACAGUGUUUUCAGUCACUUGCCUGCUCGCCGUCCUCUGGAGUUCUGCUAGCUGGCAGUUGUGA